AUGGCUUCCGCUAGUGGUGGUGUAGAUUGGGCUGCAGUUAUAAAACCCAUUUUUGCCGCCUCUUAUGGAUCUUAUAAUAAAAGUGAUGUUUUAGAAUUAAUAAAAGCAAUUAACAAAAGUGAAAAUGAAUUUUUUCAUCAUGAUGAAGAGUAUGAUGCAUUUUACACAUCUUUUGCUGCUUUGGCAGCAGAUUACAUUAGCUCUAGUAUUCAUUCUAUAUGUAAAACUCAAAUUGGAAAUGCUUGUCAAGCAUCCAAAAUCCUUAUGGAAUUUUUACUUAAAAUGAUUAAAAUGCAGAUUAAAAAAGAUGCUUUAUCGCAAACUAUUUUGUCUACAAAACAACUGUUGAUGCAAAUAAAUGCAUUGUGCACUGCAAAAGGAAUGUUGGAAGCAUCAGAUUAUGUUACCAUAACAAUGGUAAUGAAAAAUGCAAAAGUUCCUCCACACAUAAAAUCGUCUAGUGCUGGUGAUAAAGAACCAACUAUUCUAAGUGAUGUUAAAAGGUCUAGAACAGAUUUAUCGUAUAUGCUUAUGACCCAGUUAACAUCUCCUUUGUAUGACUUUCCUUUAUUGAAAUCACAAUCUACAUCGAGUGAUUCAAAUAAUAAACCGAGUGAAAAUUCAAAUACAAUUAAUGAGAAUAUUGGUAAAGAAAUUGAGAAAUCUUUCAUCCAAAGAAAUAUAUCAAAUUUGCAAUCAAUGAAAGCUGGUGAUAUUUUAAUCGAUAUGUGCACUGAUUUACCUCAUUUAUCUAAAUACAUUAAUAAAUACAAAGAAGCCUUACAAACAGGAAAAUUUAAUUUACCAUCUACAUAUUCGGAGGCCACAAUGAUCAAGCACAACGUGCAAUCAUUGGUCAAUGACACUACAUUAGUUUGGGGUGCCCUUUCACUUCCAGUUUAUGAACCUUUGCAUUCAGAAAAACUGGAAAAAUUAUGUGAAAUUACAAUGGCAUGUUUGUACUGCUCUGUUUGUGUUGCAACAGCAAGUAGUGUGUUGGGAAUAUUAUCAAAUGUUAUGUCUAAAGGAAAUACAGGAACCACGAGUGGUAGUGGAACAAGUAAUAAUAUGAGUAAAACAAAUUUAACUGAAGAAGAAGGUCUAGAAACAUUAGCUGUCAGUAUUGUAGAAAAAAGUUUGGAAAUUUUUAAUUUAAUAUCGAAUACAAUCAAAAAUUCAACACGAGCUGGGGGAAAUAUACUUCAAAACCAUAGGCUUCUCGGAGUAUGGGUUUUGUUGUCAGGACUUCAAGUUCAAAUUUCCUCUACCUCCUAUACAUCUUCUGAAAAAAAUAAAGAUGAAAAAGGAAAGUCUCCGAUAAAAAUUCGAGAAGGAUCGUCUAGAGUAAAUUUAAUGAAAGUGCAACAAAAUUUUGGAGUAUUGUCAGUUGCACUUUCAUCACUUUGUCUCUCCCUGAUGUCUGAGCUUUUAGACGACUUACACAUUGAAGCCAUUACUCAAGAUGAUGAAAUAUCCAAGCAAAACCAAAGUUUUCAAAUGACAGAUGUUUUGACUGCAGAUUUUAGUGUACUCGGAAAAUUCACGGCUUUACAAAGAGCUGCAAAGUUUUUGAGUUUCGUUCCACUAAAUCAAUUAUUAUUUUAUUUAGCUACAAUUAGUUAUAGAAAAGCUUGCACUUUAAAAAGAAUUCAAAAAUACCCACCCGAAGGAGAUACAUUUAGUACUGCGUUUUCAGAUUCAACUACCUAUUAUGAGGAUGAUUUAAUGAGUUGUUCCGAACCUAGCUCUCCAGAUGGAGACGAUGAGGAUGAUGAAAGUGAUAGAAUAUUGGGAUUGUGGUUUGAAGAAACUUUAGCCCCUUCGGAAAACGUCGCUAACACUCAAGCAAGUCAACAGAAUGAAGAAAAUCAAGAAAAUGCUGCCAAAACGUCGACGAGAAUUGGAUCCAUUGUUCCCGAAAAAGGAGAACCCCACGGGUUUAUUUCAUUGGCCACGCAAAUAUUUCAAUUUAUGAAUAAGCAUUUUCUAAAUAAUAAAUCUAACUACAUGUGGCAGUACGUUCAUAAUGGAUUAUCUGAACAACAUAUGAUAAUUUUAGCCGCAAUAAUUAGAGAUUUAGAUAGAGAGACUGCUCGUACAGAAACAGGAACAAUUUCUGUAUAUUUCGGUGCUGAACUGGGAAGUUUAUAUUGUGAUUUUUCUCAAGCUUUAACGCGUUUUACACAUAAUUUAUUGGUUUGUGGUAUAUUAUCUGAUUCACUUCAAAACACGCUAUUAAAUCAUUUAGGGGUUAGCCCAUGGUCUUCGGAAACAAUGACGAGUUGGCCACUUCAAGUUUAUCCCCGUACUUUAUCUGUGCUGGCACAGGUUUUACUUUUGAAAUCGAAUCAACAAGAUAAAGAAAGAGCAUGCAUCAACAUUUGGCAUCGCCUUAUUAAUGAUUUGGCGGACAAUGUUUGUUCUCCUUCUACCGCAUUCGAAGCUGAAAAUGAGGACUUGAACGUUGAACAUGCUCAACUCUUACUAUUUUUUUUUCAUUCAUUAAAUUUAAUGCAAAAAAAAUCGGUCCUUCUCAUGACGGCUUCUGCUAUCAUACGUUGCUCGGAUACAACUAAAAGUAUAAUGAAAGACUCACAAUUAUUACACCUAUCACGUUUAUUAUUAUUAUUGGAAUAUUUAAUGAAGCAUUUAUACGAUGCACCACCAUCUUUGUUGGAACAGGUUCAAUGGAACUUAUUUAAUUCAAUGAGUAAUCCUUCAGAAUUAUCUGAAACAAAGGAUGGCGCGCGUGCUCCGUCAAGAAUAUACUGUCCGUGGAAAGAAAUAGAAGAUAACUAUCGUAAAUUUGGACCUCAGGAUGAAUUUUUAUUAAAACCUCGUUUUUACAGUUUAACGGUUAUCGAAAUAAAUAAUCAAGAUCAACCAAAAUUGGAUGGAUUAGCUUGCAACUUUAUAUUGGGAACACCCGACAAAUUGAAAUAUCCCCAAUUAAUUGAUUCUCUCAUACAAAUUUUAAACAUUACUAGUCUUUGUCACAAUAAGGAGAAAUUAAGUUUUACUGGGCUUUGCGCCAUUCAAUAUUGCUUUACUAUUUGUUGGAGGUUACUUCUUAUAUUGCCUCCAUCUACUCCGUAUAUGGACGAAUUAGUAAAGGAUCAAGAAUUACCCGCUAAUUCAUUAAUGUUACACUCUUUGGUUUGGGGUCCAAGAACAGGAUAUAAGACAUUUACUGGAUGGAUGAAAGAUUGUUUAGUUCGUCAAGGCAUGUACACUCAUUAUGCCGAAACACUUUUACGAAACGUGGCUAAAAUAGUUAAUUCUCUCGAAUACGACGUUAAAUUGGCAAAAAAUUGCAUCAAAAGUUUAAAGCCAAACGUUCAAACGAGCGCCUUAGUGAGCCCCUCAGAACUUCCUAGUUUAGCAGAUUUGUGUCUAUUGGAUGCAGUCAUUGCUAAAAUUCAAGUUUUAAUGGAUGAAAGUAUUUGCAAACCUCCUGAUGCUAUUGAUUCGAAUAAAACUAUCGAGCAUUCGCCUUCCGUUUCGGAAUUGGCACAAGAUCUUCUUCCCUAUGUGAUUGAAUUAACAAAUGCAAUUUUGGCUUGCUGUCGAUCCUGUUUGCUCUACGAAAUUAACUUACUUUCAGAAUUCAAUAAGAAAAAUUUACAACAGGAUCUCUUAGUUUUAGCCGAAGUUUUGUGCAUGUCUUCGAGAAAAAAUCCGAAAACUGGAACUUUAGGAAAUUUAUUGUUGGGCCAAGUUCCCAUAGCUAGUAAAACUGUUACUGAUAAAUGGAACUCAAAUCCUCUUCCCGAGUUUCCUUGGAAUACUUACGCAAAUGAUUUGAUUCCUGCUGAAAGUUACAUAUUGGUUGUUGUCAACACUCACAUUUCAUCCCUUUCAAGUCAUGGUUCUUUUAGCAUUAAUCCUUCAUUGCAACAUCUUUUGUAUUCCUUAGUUACUUUUAUAGGAAAACACAUAACCAAAUGUCCGGAAAAUAGCAGUACACGACAAAAGGCAGUUGACGUUCUCAUACCUUUAACAAUGGAGUCGUGUAGCGAGUAUUUACACGAUUUAGCAUCAAGAACAUUAGAAAAAAUUAUAGGAGAUGCAGAAACAGAUACGCACCAGCAAAAGUUAUACUACGAAGUUUUAAGACACACUUAUGCUUUAAUUAUAAUGUACACUAAAUCGAGCGAAACUAUUAAUGAUAGAUAUUUGCAAAGAUGUCUGAAAUUUAUUGAAGGAUUUAUUGAUACUACGCCAGGUCGUCAAGCAUUAGAUAAAUUUUUUAAUGUUGACAAAGCUGGAGAUUUAAUAAAAGUUUUGUUGUCGAUUUCAACUCCAUCGAAACAAUACGUAUUAAAAGUUUUAAAAUUUUUAAACAAAUUGUUGAUAGCAGCUGAAAAAAAACCUGGUGAUAAUUGUCUUGAUCGUUUAUGCGAAUCUUUAUCUCGAUUGACGCUGAUUGAUGAAUCCGCACUACAAGUCUGGCUGAAUCAUUUAAUUUUGGGAAGUUUUUCAAAUACUUCUCACUCACCGUCCAAUACAUCUAAUCAAAAUGUAAACGCUGCAGCUACCCUAGUAGCUAAUACAGUGGUUGCUGCGGUAGGCUCUGAACUUAAAGAAGAAUCUCCUACUCCUCAACAAAAGGCGGAAAAUAAUGAAGAAGAAAAAGAUAAGGCCGGAAAGUUUACGACUGUCGUUGAAAGCCCCAACGAAAGCCCUGGCAAAGAAAAUCAAAGUACAUUACAAGAAAAUCACUUAUUACUACAAAAUUUAAUAAAGUACAUAACAAAAGAUGCUAGUACUACAAAUGAAGAAUUAGCCAUAACUUUACUGAAAUCAAUGAUACCUAUAGUUACUCAAAUAUUGUCUACUCAAGAAGGAGUGGGAUUUUCUGAUGUAAUGUCUGUGAUGACAACCUUAGCCGAUGCAGGUUCCGGAAAAGGUCACGUUCAUCUAUUUACUGCUGCGAUAGAUUGGCUUGAAAUUAGUAAACAAUUUUUGAGUCAAAAAGAGAUUUUAGAAAAAAUAGAAGCAGGAGCAUCGACUGGUAAACACAGAACGAUGCUUGAUUCUACAUGUCAUUUACUAAAUUAUGUCAGUGAAGUAGUAACUGCUCUCGGGCCGGUUACUUUGGGUAGAGCUACGUCUCCUCCAUGGGAUAACGAUACUCCUUUAGAACUUGAUUGUGAUUGGAUCGACGAUGUGGGUCACGAUGAAGAAGAAUCGGGGGGAGAGGAUUCCGAUGAGGACAGUUUGUGCAAUAAAUUGUGUACUUUUACCAUAAGUCAAAAAGAGUUUAUGAACCAACAUUGGUAUCAUUGCCACACUUGCAAAAUGGUGGAGGGAGUUGGAGUUUGUACCGUAUGCGCAAGAGUAUGUCACAGAGGACAUGACAUUACGUAUGCAAAAUACGGAAAUUUCUUUUGCGAUUGUGGUGCCAAACAAGACGGAAGUUGUCAGGCUUUGACAAAGAGAACACCCCAAGCAAAUAAUGAACAUUCUGGGCAAGCGGUAACAAGUUCAAGUUCUCACACAACGGGAAAUGUCGAACAAAUGCUUCCAAGCUCUUUAAGACGAAGAGCAUCUUCUCCCGUUGGAACGGAUAGGAUCGAAAGAGUGUCAAAAGAUAAAAUUAAAAUAUCCGCUCUUGCCAAGCAACUGGAAAAUCAUAGAGAUAUUUUAAGUUCAGUUGCCAUUAAUGCGUCGGUUUUUCAAUCUUUGUUGCAACUUUUAAAAAGCUUAAUACCUGCUGUGAAAUCAUCAUGUGAUCGUCAUUCUCCAGUCGGAUGUCAUUUAAGAGGACAAAUAGCUAUGGAACAAUUGCAUAACUUGGAGAAAAAAUUUCAAGAAACGGAUCAAUUAAUGUUGCCUACCUUGGGUUCUCAAGAGGGUGCUUUUGAAAAUGUAAGAAUGAGUUUUUCCGGAGACCAAGGACAAAUGAUAAAGCAAUUACUAUCGGCACACAUGAUUAGAAGGGUAGCCAUGUGUUGUUUAUCUUCUCCUCAUGGAAAGAGACAACAUUUGGCCGUAUCGCACGAAAAAGGCAAAAUAACUGUACUUCAACUGAGUGCCUUAUUAAAACAAACGGACUCUUCAAAACGCAAACUUUCUUUAACCAGACUUGCCUCGGCUCCUAUUCCCUUUACUGUUUUAUCAAUUGCAGGAAAUCCUUGGAACGAAGACUUUUUGGCAGUUUGCGGACUCAAGGACUGUCACGUCGUCACUUUUAGCAGUAAUGGAUUGGUAGCCGACCAUUUGGUUUUGCAUCCGCAAUUAGAAGGUGGAAAUUUUAUAAUUAAAGCCAUUUGGCUUCCCGGAUCACAAACGGAACUUGCUCUAGUCACAGCUGAUUUUAUUAAAAUUUAUGAUCUCAGCAAAGAUGCUAUAAGUCCAAAAUAUUUUUUCCUCGUUCCCGCUGGAAAAGUUAGAGAUUGCACAUUUUUUUGCAACGAAUCUUACGAUUACAACUACAUAUUAGUAAUGUCUUCGGCUGGUCACAUUUAUACUCAAGAAAUGUAUGAAGAGAGUUUAGCCAUUCACGGUCCUUUCUUCGUAAUGGAUGUCUUGGAAAUUUAUCAUCCAGAAGUUAAAGAAUCUAAUGGACAAGUUGAAGUAGGAGGAGUCUCCAUUUACUAUUCUCACACUUUACAAAUGCUUUUCUUUAGCUACAGCUCUGGUAAAAGUUUUGUGGCUCCUUUGACGCACAUAGAUUGUGGUUUCAAAGGACUUCCUUCCGUUUAUAUGAUCACAUUUGGCAAAGCUGCGGCAACUGGUAAUAAGGCGAAUAAUACCCAGCCUCAGCCUUUGUGCCAAUGGAGUGAAGUGCCUAAUCAUCCUGGUCUUGUAUUUAGUGUGAUGCAAACAAGUAACAAUCCGGUAAUUCUUAUGAUAAAACUCGACACCAUUUUAGUUCAAGAGAUAAAGGUAGUACCCGCAAAAGCUAAAAUAAUGGACAUGGUGGCUAUUCGUCAUCCGUUUUCCAAUGCAGAUCAUCGUACUACUCUUAUUUUACUUUGUGAGGAUGGCAGUUUAAGAAUUUAUAUGGCGAGCAUGGAACAAACUGGUUUUUGGUUAUCCUCUUGCGUUCAAGCCGUAUUUUCUUCAAACAGUGUCAAACAAACUAGAAAAAAGAAAACAAUUACCGCUCAAUCUGGUAAACCCACGGGAAAUGUUACAUUCCCGAUUGACUUUUUCGAACAUUGUCAAGCUAUGAAUGAUGUCGAGUUUGGAGGUGAUGAUUUACUACAAGUUUAUAAUGCCCAACAAAUAAAACACAGAUUAAACACCAUCGGAACUUAUGUUGUUUCUACAAAGCAAACUGGAUUUAAUGUUGAAAUAACAAAUAACGAUCAUGCUUUGGUAAUUACCGGAGUACGAGUUUCACUUGGAAAUCAAGACGCUUCUCGAUCACCAGCAUAUAUAGAGAUUUUCGGUCGUAACAUUCAUACGACAGCUGCGAGAAAUCGUUGGUUCGAUUUUCCUUUGACUCGCGAAGAGAGUUUACAAGCUGAUAAAAAAUUAACAAUUACAUUUGGACCUUCACCGGAUCCGGAUAGUGUCAUAAUUGUCGAUUCGAUUAAAGUGUAUGGCAAGACAAAAGAUGCUUUUGGCUGGCCUGAAGAAACUGAAGAUUUAACGAAUAAUGUAUCAGCUGCUGCAGCUUCUUCUACCAGUACGAAUGCAGACGGAGAUAAUUUGUCUAUUACUCCUACCCCUUUGACAUCUUUGGAAAAAAUGAUUUCGAGCAUAUUGGAAGUAUUGGAUGGAUGUUUCACUCUCGCCGGGAACAAUAUGGAUGAAGUGAAAAAUCAGCAAAAGGCUUUAGCCAUUGAAGUAGCUACUUCUUUACUGACAUUACCUACUCCCACUUCUGUUCAGCAUCAUACGAAAUCACUUUUAUCUGCUUUGCAUACUUCAAAAGCAGCAUAUCAUAAUUUUAAGGAUUUCGCAUUGCUUAAUAAUGCAUACAUUACUCUUCAAAAGUUUAAAGCAUUAGGUAAACCUAAAGACAUUGAUCCUGAAGCAUUUUAUAGAUUGGUGUUGACUGUUAGAAGCGUAGCCGUAGCUAGACCUUAUAAUUUAAUUAAGUUUGCUGAAAACUUACCAGUUGUAGAAAUAACUUCACCGACAACCACAAAACAUUUUAUGUCUGAAUUAAUGGACAUUCUUUGGCAACUUUUGGAAUGUUCACCGAAAAAUUUAGCGAGAGCUCCGGUUUGCAAACCCGGGUUGACUCACGUUGACGCUGUCGUCCAAGCUUUGGUUGAAAUAUUUCACGCUUUUACUUGUUGUGAUUUAAAUGGAACGAUAGUUGAAGCUUCGAAACUCUACACUGAUUUACUCCUCAGCGAUAAUCUUCAAAUCAGUUUUAGCGCAAAAUUAGCUUUAAUUAGAGUUCUUAGACCUAGACCUAAAAGAAGGCGUGUCUUUAUACCGAGUCCACCACAUUGUAGCACACCAGGAGGAACCGCUGAGGUGGAGUCCGACAAAGGACCUGUGUCGCAGCCUUCACAAGAUUCAUCGGAAGCCGAUCAAGCUCACUUUGAAGUUGAUGCGGUUGAAUCAAUGGUGCUGUUAGCUCCAGAACCUGGAGCAGGGGCCGGUGCAGGUGCUGUCGUUAGUAUGAAUCCCAUUGAAGCCUUAUUAGGUGGCCCAGGAGGUUUUCCCUCUUUAUUGGAUGCUGAUGAUGAAACCAUGGUCGAAUUAGCAAUUGCAUUAAGCUUACAAGAUCACGAAGGUCGACCUGAAUUGCAAGUUCUUCAACAAGGAAUCAUUCAACAAGGAUUAGAUAAUUUACAAGGCUUACAAAAUAUCGCUGGUGCAACUUUACAAAGCUUGCAAGUUUUAGCUGCAUCUCAAGGUCAAACUCCGGGACAAGUUCAAGAAGCUGGUCAUUAUUCUGAUACCACAGCGAGUGCUGGAGGAUCAGAUGAUGAAGGUUCUACGGCCGCUACGGAUGGUAGUACUUUGAGAACGUCUCCCGCCGAACAGGGAGGCAGUGCCGGUUCGGAAAGUGGUGGAAGCGGAGUUGAAAGCAUUACAGGAGAGCAUAAUGUAUCUGGGCGAAGUUCUGCUUAUGGAGAUAAUUUGCAAGAACCCAUAGUCGGAGCUCGUAGUGAAACUAGUUCUCUUGGUGCACCAACAGGAUUUCAAUCAAACGAAACUGACGUCAUGGAACAAGAGCAUGAACCUGAUACGGAAAAUAGUUCUAGUUUGCAUGAGCUUCGUUUGACUCUUUUACAAAAUUUUGUUUCAAAAUAUUCAACUUUACGACACGAUGAUGGUGUUCAUGUUAUUCCAUUUAUGCAAGUUAUUCUUAUGCUAACUUCGGAUUUAGACGGCGAAGAAGAAAAAGAUAAAGUUUGCUUAGAAACACUUUUGAACACUUUGGUAAAAGCUUUGGAAAUAAAAGAGCCUGACACUGAAAAUAUUUGGCAAAGGACUACGAAAAGAGAAGUUCAUCUUGUGGUCAUGAGACUCCUUAGUGUAUUAAUGUCGAGAUCAAAAGCCAACAGUAAGUCCAGUUCGGAUAAUUCUAAUUUUGUUUCACAAACAACGGCUACAGUUUUACUCCAAGCUGGAAUGAUAAAAUAUUGUCUUAAACUUUUGGAAGAACUUCUCAAGUAUUGGAAAGUUACAAAUGCAGAAGACGUCAAUACUAAUGUUGGUGGUGCUUUAUUAAAGCCUCACUUGACAUCUUCUCCUCCUGACAUGUCACCGUUUUUCCUAAGACAAUAUGUCAAGGGUCACGCCAGUGAUGUUUUUGAAAUAUAUCCUCAAUUACUCACUGAAAUGGCAUUACGUUUGCCGUACCAAAUUCAGAAACACAUGGAUAAUUUUUCUCCCAUUAGCACUAAUUUUGAUAAAUCUUGGUUCUAUUAUCUGUGUGAAUACAUGAUGACUCAUCAAACUCCAUUUGUGAGGCGACAAGUCAGAAAAUUAUUAUUAUUUUUGUGUGGCAAUAAAGACAAAUAUAGACAAUUAAGAGAUCUUCACUCGUUGGAGUCACAUAUGCAGGCUGUACAACAAAGUUGUAAGGGUGGAGGAUUCAAUCCUUCGGAACCCUACUCCCACGUAUCGUUCAACUACGAUUCUUUAGUUGAAUUAAUAGAACAUUUAAAAGCCUGCGUUGAAGUCGCGACGUACCGUACAGGAAACUGGCAAAGUUUUUGUCUAAAGAAUGACGAUAUAAUUCCAUUCUUGUUCGACAUAAGUUGUAUUUUAGAUGACGGUGUCUCUCCGACGAUUUUACAGUUGCUUCAGUGCGCCAUAUGCUGUUCGAAAAUGGAAAAAAGUUCGCACGGACACGAAAGUAAAAGCGGAACACCUCCAGCAUCUUCUAAUCGAAAAGAUAGAGAAAAAUCAGAAGAAACGAGUACGGAUGGAAGAUUCGAAGAAGCUCAAAGUAUUCUAUUGGUUCAGCAAAUAAAUAAAUUUGUAUCAAAAGAUCUUUUGUUGAAAUUUGUGAAAGCGUUUCUUCUAGAAACCAAUUUUACCAACGUUCGUUGGCAAACGCAUGCUCUGAUUUUGGCAAUAUAUCAAAAUUCUUCGUCUGCUCAACAAGAAAUAUUAUUAAAUUUACUAUGGAAAUUAUGGCCACAAUUACCUGCUUUCGGUAGAAAAGCUGCGCAAUUUGUAGAUUUAUUGGGAUACUUUUCUUUAAAAACUUCCCAGGGAGGGAAAAAGCUUACGGAGUACAUCGAACAAGCGGUGGGUCUCCUUCAGAAACAAAAUGAGCUACUUUCUCACCAUCCAAAUGCAAGUUUAUACGACAGUCUUACGCAAUUCGUUGAAUUUGAUGGUUAUUACUUAGAGAGCGAACCCUGCUUGGUGUGCAACAACCCAGAAGUCGCAUUGAGCAGCAUCAAGCUUUCUUCAAUUAAGAUUGACUCAAAAUUUACCACUACCACUCACUUUGUAAAACUUGUCGGAAGUCAUACAAUCAGUAAAAUUACGUUGAGAAUCGGAGAUUUGAAAAGAACAAAAAUGGUUCGAACCAUUAACAUUUAUUAUAAUAAUAAAAGCGUGCAAGCGGUUGUGGAAUUAAAAAAUAAAUUCACCGUCUGGCACAAAGCAAAAAAAGUUUCACUCAUAUCGGGACAAACUGAAGUAAAAAUGGAAUUUCCAUUACCAAUAGUCGCUUGCAAUCUCAUGAUUGAAUACGCUGAUUUUUAUGAAAACAUUCAAGCGACAUCAGAAACACUUCAGUGUCCGAGAUGUUCCGCAAGCGUACCAGCCAAUCCUGGAGUUUGUGGUAACUGCGGGGAAAACGUUUUUCAAUGUCAUAAAUGCCGGGCUAUUAAUUACGAUGAAAAAGAUCCAUUUUUAUGUCAUUCGUGCGGUUUUUGCAAAUACGCAAAAUUUGAUUAUACCUUAACGGCAAAGCCUUGCUGCGCUGUUGAUCCAAUCGAAAACGAUGAAGAUCGAAACAAAAGCGUGGCCGCCAUAAAUACUUCAUUAGAAAAGGCGGAUAGAGUAUACAGAGCGUUAAUAUCUCAUAAACCUUCGUUAGAAUUACUUAUUUUGAAAAUUUCUGAACAUCGUUUGGACAAAUCUGCCGAUGAUGCCACUUCUGUUAUUUCUGGAAAUUCAUCGGCCGCUGCAACCGUGUCGGGGGGUAGCAGUGCACAUGUGAAUAAAGCUAUUCAACUACUCGCUCAAAGAUAUUGUGGUGAAUGUAAAAGCUCUUUCGAAGAAUUAAGUAAAAUCAUUCAAAAAGUUUUGGCUUGUCGACGGGAGCUGGUCACCUACGAUCGAAAUCAAAAGGAAAAAGGAGGUAAAAAUAAAAAUGUAUCGACUGCGCCUAAGAGUACUACGAACAGCUCCGGAUUAGUAACUUCAUCGGCAGCCGUAAUGUCCUCCUCGUUUUCUUUUAUGCCUUCCGAUGCAUCUUAUACCAUUGGAAGGUGUUACGGUUGUGCAUCGGCUGCAACUGAACAUUGUUUGACUUUAUUACGUGCUCUCGCUACGAGUGCCACGUCCCGGCAAAUUCUAUGUUCUCAAGGUUUGAUUCAAGAGCUAGUAAAAAAUAAUCUCAGAAAAGGAACCGUACAGAUUCAAGAAUUAUUGUGUUUACUUACGAGAGACAAUGCAAAAGCCACACAGGAAUUAUGCAGUCUUUUAAUGGAAAGAAUCGCUCUUACUUUAGUAGGACAUGUGGCAAACAGUGAUUUGGCUUUCGCUGUCCGACAUGAAAUGGCUUUGUUAGCAGCUUUGGUUCAAAAAGAAGAUAAUUGUUGGGAGCAAAAACUAAGAUGUGUUAUGCAACUUUUAAUAAUGGCGAGUAAAAAUGUCAAAUCUCCAGUUGUCAUGGAAUCAAUCACAUUGCCGUGCUUAAAAAUAUUACAAAACAUAAUUAAACCCAGUCAACCGGCUUCUAAGAAGAAUAAAGAAAAAUCGGUUGAUUUGUUAGCAACCGUUAAACCCAUGCCUGGCAUUUACGUCAAUGUUCAGAAAUGGUUGCAAGGAGAUCCCAAACAUUCUUUCAAGGCUUGGAGAAUGAGAAUGCCGGCAAAAUCGUCAAGCGAAAUGUUUCAAAAUAUCAAAAAAGAAGAUGUCCACGCGUAUUAUUUGAUGGAAAAAUACGGUAAUAGAUGGAGGCAAAAGCAAAAAAUGUUGAAAGAUUUAUUCCCGGUUAUUUUAUGGAACGAUGCUCCCUGGUUAAAACAAGUAUUAUUUAAUCCGAGUUCGAGACUUUCCCGACAGGUUGCCUGUAACAUGCUCGAGAGUUUGUGUCAAGUUUCAGUAAGGAAAAAAGAGGCGAAUCUCCUGACUGGUUAUUUAGUCGAAUUGGGUUGCGCCGGAGAAAGUGCAGCAGAAUUUUUAUCAUUCUAUCAAAAUUUACUUCAACAAGUGCCGUGGAAAUUGUAUUUGGCCGUGAAAGGUUUGCUAUUGCAAUUGGCUGAUCUUUUAACCAAAGAAAUUCAAGAAUUGCAUCGUUUGGAAGACACCACUCUAACUUCCGAUUUGGCUCAAGGAUAUGCAUUAAAAAUGCUUACGGAAUUGUUAGCAUCAUUUUUAGACCACGAUGGUAUUAAACAAUUGUAUAAAGGAAGAUUGGUCGGAGCUGUCUUGAAUGGUUAUUUAUCAUUGAGACGUUUGGUUGUUCAACGGACCAGACUUAUUGAUGAUACCCAAGAAAAACUGUUGGAACUUUUAGAAGAAAUGACUACAGGUACCGAAGAGGAAACAAAAGCAUUUAUGGCAAUUUGCAUUGAAACUGUUAAAGCUACUCCAGCCGAAGACAUCAGAACUCCGGUGUUUAUUUUCGAAAGGUUGUGUUCUAUUGUUUAUCCCGAAGAAAGUGAUACCGGAGAAUUUUAUUUGACUCUAGAAAAGGAUCCGCAACAAGAAGACUUUUUACAGGGUCGAAUGUUGGGUAAUCCUUAUAGUAGCAACGAACACGGUCUCGGACCUUUGAUGCGAGACGUGAAAAAUAAAAUUUGUCAAGAUUGCGAGCUCGUUGCUCUUUUAGAAGAUGAUAACGGAAUGGAACUUCUAGUCAAUAAUAAAAUAAUAAGUUUAAAUUUAUCGGUACGAGAAGUUUAUAAAAAAGUAUGGCUUGCUGAAUCCGGUGAUACGGAUACCAUGAGAGUCGUGUAUCGAAUGAGGGGAUUACUGGGAGAUGCAACGGAAGAGUUUGUGGAAACUCUUAAUGCAAAAAGCGAACAAGAGGUUAAUAACGAGGAAGUUUACAAGAUGGCUAAUGUUAUGGCCGAUUGUGGAGGAUUGCAGAUAAUGCUCGAUAGAUUAGCCGGAAUCACGGAUCUCAAUAGAGCAAGACCACUUUUGCAGGUUCUUCUUAAGUUGUUCAGGCUUUGCGUUAAAGUAAAGAGGAAUCAAGAGGUUUUGGCUCAACCCGAACUCAAUGCAAUUUCGGUGUUUUUAAAUGCUCUUAAAGAACUUUGUUCAUCUAAGGAAAAUAACGCACCGCAAUCCGCAAUCACUGAAGAAUUACUCGAUAUUAUGGAAAUAAUUUUAUCAAAAGCCACAAGUGAAAGGCCAGAGAAAUUUUACGAAUUUUCUCAGACUUUCGGAGGUGUAGAUCACAUAGAGGCUUUAUUAGGUUACGUGAAUUCUAAGGGAUCAACUGCAAGUGCUUCGGUUCUUCAACACUUGAUGCGCGUUAUUGCUUCUCUUACUUAUGGAAAUGAGGAAAGAAUGGCACCUCUCAUUCAAAACUUUACCACUGUUCUUGAUUUUAAUGCUUUCGAUUUUGAACACACUCCCGAAGAUAAACAAAAAUUGGAACUUUUUUGUAUUUUGACAUCGGGAAUAGACAGGAAUGCUAUUGGGAAUACAUUAAAAGAUUAUAUUAUAUCUCUUGGAAUUGUCAAACAAGCACUGGAAUAUAUAAUUUCUCAUGCUCCCCCAGUAAAAGCUACAUUAUCCAGAACGGACAGCGAUGAUUGGAAAGAAUUUAUAUCAAAACCUUCGCUUAAAUAUAUUCUAAGAUUUUUAGCCGGGUUGGCUUCCGACCACGAGCCGACACAAUUAGCGGUCUCCGUUGAUUGCAUUCCCAUAAUUCAUAGAUUAGAGCAAGUGUCGUCUGACGAACACGUCGGUUCUUUGGCUGAAAAUUUAUUAGAAGCUUUGAAAUCUCAUCCAAAAGUUGCGAGUAGAAUCGAAGAAGUCAGAGAACAAACUAGAGCCGAAAAGAAAAGGUUGGCGAUGGCAAUGAGAGAGCGUCAAUUAGGAGCCUUGGGAAUGAAAACUAACGAAAAGGGUCAAGUAACUGCAGAUAGCACAAUUAUGCAGCAAGUGGCAGAUUUGGGAGAAGAAACUGGACAUGUUUGUGUUAUAUGUCGAGAAGGGUAUAAAUUUCAGCCUACAAAAGUGCUAGGGAUUUAUACCUUCACGAAGAGAUGUAACGUAGAAGAAUAUGAAAUUAAACCGAGAAAAACGUUUGGUUACAGUACUGUGACUCAUUUCAACGUAGUGCAUGUCGAUUGCCACAUGGCAGCCGUGAGAUUGGCCAGAGCUCGAGAUGAGUGGGAGUCGGCAGCUCUACAAAAUGCAAAUACCAAAUGUAACGGAUUGCUUCCUCUAUGGGGACCUCAAGUUCCAGAAUCUGCAUUUGCCAGUUGCCUCGCUCGACAUAAUACUUACCUUCAAGAAUGCACGGGUCAUAGGGAUAUAAAUUAUUCGUCGGCUGUCCACGAUUUAAAAUUGCUUUUACUUAGAUUUGCUCAAGAGAAAAGUUUUCACGAUGACACUGGCGGUGGUGGACCUCAAUCUAAUAUGUACAUUAUUCCUUAUCUCCUUCACAUGGCUUUAUAUGUUAUCAACACUACUCGUUCCGGUCCCAGAGAAGAUAAAACUUUAAUGGCUUAUUUAGACUCUGCGGCAAACGAAAAAUGGGUUGAAUCCAGUUACGAAGCCGAGGGUCCCUAUUACAUGGCAACAUUAUCUUUACUUUUAUGCUCUCCGGCUCGUUGGGAAAAAACUCGUUUAUGUCAUCUUCGAAGACUUUUAGUUACUGCCCAGGCUAGACAUAUAUCCCCAUCCGCUCAAAUUCUUCGCCUUUCAGAUGUAACCGUUAAAGAAUAUUCAACGUAUAAAAGCUGUUUAAUUUUUUUUGCCUUAAUCGAUGGCAUUUACACGAAAUUUUUCAAGAAAGUAAGAGUGUCAUCCGAGCAUCAGUGGCCCAGUCGACUUGCAGAUUAUAUAAGGCAUAACGACGAAGCCUUGAUGAAAGCAUCCGAUCGUCUGCUGGCAUCUUACAGGGAAGAAUUAUUGCCCUGCACGUCAUUCGAAGAAUUUUGCUUUGUGGUCGGUCUUUACGAAGAAAUAUCAAAUCGCAGUACCUAUAUCGCUGAUAUUUUUAGAGGGUUAUCGUAA